AUGGCUUCUCUUCCCACACCAACAGUUACAGCUGCCGGAGCCACCACUAAAACCUACUCUUCUUCUUUCACCACCACUUCCCCUGUCAUCUCUUCUUGGCCGUUGUUCUCGAAGAAAUGUGCCCUUAAUAAGCCACUAAAACACAAAAUCUCUUGCAAUGCUGGUUCUUCUGAGAACUCCCUGAACAACCUUGAUCGCCGGAAUGUUCUUCUCGGUCUCGGUGGUCUCGCCGGAGCUGUGAACUUGACGUCAGUUCCGUCUGUCGGAGCUGCGCCAAUAUCCGCCCCGGAUAUUUCCAAAUGUGGGACUACUCCUCUUACAGGGUUUAGACCUGGGGACAACACUCCUACCGGCGGGGACUGUUGCCCGCCGGACUCCACCCAGAUCAUGGACUUUAAGUUCCCUAAGAAUGAGGCGUUCCGGGUGAGACCCGCAGCCCAUUUGCUCAGCCCUAAGUACAUUGCUAAAUUCAACGAAGCGAUCAAACGCAUGAAGGAACUUCCCGAAACCGAUCCCCGAAACUUUCUGCAACAAGCACACAUUCACUGUGCUUACUGCAAUGGCGCUUACACUCAAUCUUCAAGUGGAUUUCCCGAUAUUGAAAUCCAGAUUCAUAACUCAUGGCUGUUUUUCCCCUUCCACCGUUGGUACCUCUACUUUUACGAGAGAAUCCUGGGGAGCUUGAUCGAUGAUCCCACUUUCGCUUUGCCAUUCUGGAACUGGGACACCCCUGCCGGAAUGACAAUUCCGAAAUACUUUAACGAUCCCAAAAACGCAGUCUUUGAUCCCAAAAGAAACCAAGGUCACUUGAAAGGAGUCGUCGAUCUAGGUUACAAUGGGAAAGAUUCAGACACUACUGAUAUCGAAAAGGUGAAGAACAAUCUCGCGAUAAUGUAUCGUCAAAUGGUGACAAACGCCACCGACCCCACAGCUUUCUUCGGUGGUGAGUAUCGUGCCGGAAUCGAACCCAUUAGCGGUGGUGGAUCAGUCGAACAAAGCCCACACACACCUGUUCACCGGUGGGUCGGUGACCCAAGAGAACUAAACGGUGAAAACCUCGGUAACUUCUACUCCGCCGGUCGUGACACGCUCUUUUACUGUCACCAUUCCAACGUCGAUCGAAUGUGGUCGCUGUGGAAGAUGCAGGGAGGCAAACACAAGGACAUCACCGAUCCCGAUUGGCUCAACACCUCUUUCGUGUUUUACGACGAAAACAAGAAUCUUGUUCGAGUGUAUGUUAAGGAUUGUUUGUUCACAAACCAGCUAGGGUACGACUACCAGAGAGUCGACGUACCAUGGCUAAAAAGCAAGCCAGUCCCACGUGCACCCAGGUCUGGAGUUGCGAGGAAAUCCAUCGGAAAAGUAAAACAGGCGAAGGAAGUUUCCUUCCCGGUGAAACUCGACAAGAUCGUGAAGGUUUUGGUGGCAAGACCGAAGAAAUCAAGAAGCAAGAAGGAGAAGGAGGACCAAGAGGAGCUUUUGAUUGUGCAGGGUAUCACUUAUGAUAGCGAGAAGUACGUGAAGUUUGAUGUGUAUGUGAACGACGAGGACGACGAUGCUAGUGCACCAGAUCAGACUGAGUUCGCCGGAAGUUUCGCACAGUUGCCACACAAACACAAGGGUAAGACGAUGAGCAAGACCAACUUCCGCGCCGGACUGACGGAGCUGCUGGAGGAUCUGGAGGCCGACGACGAUGAUAAUGUUUUGGUGACGAUUGUCCCAAGGUCCGGAUCCGAAGACAUCACCAUUGAUAACAUCAAGAUCAUAUACGCUUGA